AUGUCCCAAGCAUUCCGUUUCCCAGCCGGCCCAGCAAAGAUCCGAACUCUCUACAUCCGAGUCAAGCCAGCACCAACCAGUCUAUCGGAGCGACGCGCUGUCCUCCGCGCCCUCAGCCAACAUGGCGACAUUGAGAUGUUCAAGCAGCUCUACGACUCUUCCUCCUUCAUCUCCAUAGCAUCAUCCAAGAAUGUGGCUUCCAGCAUCGUUCGAAGGAGUCCUCUUCAGUUCGACGUCCUCGCUCGAAACUCGUUCGAUCCUCGUGUCCCCGAUUCCAUCCGACCGCCAUUACCGAUUGAUACAUCUACAGCCGUCUCAUUACCCACCACCGCUGCUAGGGGCACUAUCACGAAUUCAAACUCCAAACCCGGACAAACAGAGAAGCUCAAUCCACAACGGCUACCGCUAUCCCCGUCCGCAUUCAAGCUUCCAACACUGCCCGAGCGAGACCCGACCGCCUUCGUAACCAAGACCUUUAUGCUCGAAGCCUUCCACGCCCCCGAGUACCCGCACAAGGAACACAUCCGCAUGUCCCCGCUGUACGGGCCCUGGCCACGCGAAAAAGAUCCCGAUCCGUCUUCUUCUUCCUACGACACCUCCUGCGCCACGCCAUCAAAUAAUAAUAAGCUGACCCUCAACUCCGCCGCCCUGCGCGCCUCGGUGCCCCAAGAUAUGGCCUACUCCGGUCUGCACGACUGGGAGUCGGCGGGCCAAGAUGCCAUGGACAUUGAGGAGAUGACGGCUACUGAGCAAGGGAUUUCGGCGGACUCGGCGACGAUGGUGAAGACGUGGAGGGCGUUUUGGAGACAGAGGGUCGACAGAGGGGAUACGUUACAGUAUGAGGUUGGGACAAAAGGUGAUAUGGGCAGUGCGUAUAGCCAUAUCAUGAAGAGGAAGAUGAAGCAGCAGAAUAAGAAGCGUAUUCAAGAUAUGCUGUCUGUGUAG